AGUAUACAAUUCCAAUCACAGUCUAAAGACGAAAAUGCAUAAAAUAUACAAGUAUACAUACAGUUCAUAAAAUAUGACUAUAACGUAAUUUUGAAAAACGAAAUAAAAGCAGAAAUGCGGCGACAGCUAUGAGAUGACAUAUCUUUCUAUGACCAAACACUCUCUUCUUCCUCAUCAUCCCAACACCUCAGUUUCCUAAAUAUGCUCAACAAUGGCUGAUGAAGAAUCCAACCACCACCAUUCAAUACAUUCGCCGUCGUCGCCGCAUCCUCUCGGAAUGAGACACCAAUCAGUGUUUUCAACGGCGGCAGAACACGGUGGCUGCGGCGAGAUCGUGGAGGUUGAAGGAGGUCACAUUGUCCGAUCAACAGGAAAAAAAGACAGACACAGCAAAGUCUGUACGGCCAAAGGACCACGUGACAGGCGCGUGAGGCUCUCAGCUCCAACGGCUAUUCAGUUCUACGAUGUUCAAGAUAGACUCGGUUUAGAUCGACCAAGCAAAGCUGUUGAUUGGCUCAUCAUGAAAGCUAAAUCCGCCAUUGAUAACCUCGCCGAGCUUCCUCCGUGGAACCCCGCCGACACAACCCGUCAAGCUGCUGCAAAUAAACCCAAAAGACCCAAAACCGUAAUUCCUCCGCCGGAGACGGGAAUUCACGGUGGUUCCGGAGAAGAAACAGAGCGUCAUCAUCAGUCGAGUUUUCUCCCGGCGUCUGUUUCAACGCCGCAUUAUCAUCCGCCACCGUCGUCACGAGCCAAUGCACAAAGCCAAGAUCUUCGUCUCUCGCUUCACUCCUUCCAAAAUGGUCCUGCUUUCGCCGAUGAAACAGAGCAUGCUCUGUUCUCCGGCCAGAGCAAUCCGUUAGUGUUUGAUUCAUCGACGGCGAGCUGCGACCAGUCGCCGGAAUUUGGGAAAAUGCAGAGACUUGUGACGUGGAACAACGGCGGAGCAGCUGACUCCGCCGCAUUUGGUGGAGGAGGGUUUGUAUUUGCUUCUCCGGCGACAACGACGUCGUUUCAGCCACAAAGUCAGGUUUUUUCUCAGAGGGGUCCCCUUCAGUCCAUUAACACACCAAUGCCUCCUCGUGCUUGGUUUGAUCCUUACCAUGAUCAUCAUCAUAAUCAUCAUCACCAUCCUUACCAUAUUUCUCCGGCAAUUCACCAAUCAGCAAUACCAGCACGGUAUCUGAGUGAGGAAGAUGGUCACGGCGACAAGCCCUCGUCUGCUUCAUCUGAUUCUCGACAUUGAACGAGAUCCCAAACAUAAGAUUGCGCAACAAAAAUGGUUUCCAUUCAUCAAACUGUUAACGUUUCAGGGAGCUUUGUGUAAUAAGGAAUGUGUGUCUUGUUGUUGUGUUUUUGUGAUAUCGAAUGCUUAUGUGUGUUAUCAACAGUUUCAGGUUCUUGUUUCUUUCAUGUAACCGAGCCUAUAAUGAUUUGAAUCCAAUUUGGAUCAAUUAAACCAUUUUCUGUAAA